CUCUUCUCGACCCGCGUCAACCACCACCAUGUCGGCCCUCUUCGAGAACUAUGAGUCCGAGUACAUGGCCCAGUCGAAGACCAUCUCCAACCUCCUAUCCGAGGUCCGGAGCCAGUCUGGCGAGCAACGAAAGGCCACCAUGGCUGGCGUGGAGCGAGCCUUCAGCGCUGCCAACAACAUUCUGCGGCAGAUGGAGCUGGAGAUCCGCUCGCUACCGCCGGCGUCAAAGAACAAGCUCACCCCGCGGCUGCGCAAGUACCAGGCUGAUCUCACCGUGCUCAAGCGCGACAUGCGCCGCAUCGGCUCGCAGACUUCCGCCCAGGCUUCCCGCGACGAGCUCAUGGCCGGUGCCGCGCCUGGUGCGGGCGCUGCCUCGCUCGGCACCGGCGGCGGUGCUAUCAUGUCUACCCGCGAGAUUGCCCAGCGCCAGCGCAUCCUGGAUGGCAAGCGCCGCCUCGAGGAGACGUCCAACCGCCUCUCCAACGCCCAGCGCCUCGCUCUCGAGUCCGAAGAGAUCGGCGCCAACACUCUCUCCGAGCUCCAUCAGCAGCGUGAGAUCAUCGAGCGCGCCGACCGCAACCUCUACAUCGCAGACGACAACGUCUCGCGCGGCCACAAGCUUGUCCGCACCAUGAACCGCCGCCUCGUCACCACCAAGAUCAUCACCGGCGUCAUCGUCCUCCUCAUCCUCGGAACCAUCUUCACCAUCAUCUACUUCAAGUGGAUCAAGAAGAAGUAACCGCCGCCCUCCGCUGCUCUCCAUGUCCCCCUCCCUCCCGCCUCACCCACAUCGCGACUCUCGUAAACUCGACCCAUCUCUGUUGGA